GCAUCAAACACACCUGGACUCCAUCUUUAUGCUGUUGGAGGAGAACAUCGUCACUUUUGUGAAGAACGAGCUGAAGAAGAUCCAGAAAGUCCUGAGUCCAGAUUACCCAGAAUGCUCAGAGAGUCAGAGGAAGGAUGAGGAUGAAGAGCAGAGGAGGAGCAGAGAGGCAUUUCUGAAGAUCACACUGGACUUCCUGAGGAGAAUGAAGCAGGACGAGCUGGCUGACCGUCUGCAGAGCAGAAGUCUUGCUGCAGGUGGUAAGCGUAAACUCAAAUCUAAACUAAACAAGAAGUUCCAGUGUGUGUUUGAGGGGGUUGCUAAAGCAGGAAACCCAACCCUUCUGAAUCAGAUGUUCACAGAGAUCUACAUCACAAAGGGAGGGACUGCAGAGGUCAAUGAUGAACAUGAGGUCAGACAGAUUGAAACAGCAUCCAGGAAACCAGACGGACCAGAAACAACAAUCAGAAGAGAAGACAUCUUUGAAACCCCACCUGGAAGAGAUGAACCAAUCAGAACAGUGAUGACAAAGGGAGUGGCUGGCAUCGGGAAAACAGUCUUAACACAGAAGUUCACUCUGGACUGGGCUCAAGACAAAGCCAACCAGGACAUCCAGUUCACAUUUCCAUUCACCUUCAGAGAGCUGAAUGUGCUGAAAGAGGAAAAGUACAGCUUGGUGGAACUUGUUGAUUACUUCUUUAGUGAAACCAAAGAAGCAGGAAUCUGCAGGUUUGAAGAGUUCCAGGUUGUGUUCAUCUUUGACGGUCUGGAUGAGUGUCGACUUACUCUGGACUUCCUCAACACUGAGAUCCUGACUGAUGUUACAAAGUCCACCUCAGUGGGUGUGCUGCUGACAAACCUCAUCAGGGGGAAUCUGCUUCCCUCUGCUCGCCUCUGGAUAACCACACGGCCUGCAGCAGCCAAUCAGAUCCCUCCUGAGUGUGUUGACAUGGUGACAGAGGUCAGAGGGUUCACUGACCCACAGAAGGAGGAGUACUUCAGGAAGAGAUUCAGAGAUGAGAAGCAGGCCAGCAGAAUCAUCUCUCACAUCAAGACAUCACGAAGCCUCCACAUCAUGUGCCACAUCCCAGUCUUCUGCUGGAUCACUGCUACUGUUCUGGAGGACAUGUUGAAGAACAAUGAGGGAGGACAGCUGCCCAAGACCCUGACUGAGAUGUACAUCCACUUCCUGGUGGUUCAGUCCAAAGUAAAGAACAUCAAGUAUGAUGGAGGAGCUGAGACAGAUCCACACUGGAGUCCAGAGAGCAGGAAGAUGAUUGAGUCUCUGGGAAAACUGGCUUUUGAGCAGCUGCAGAAAGGCAACCUGAUCUUCUAUGAAUCAGACCUGACAGAGUGUGGCAUCGAUAUCACAGCAGCCUCAGUGUACUCAGGAGUGUUCACAGAGAUCUUUAAAGAGGAGAGAGGACUGUACCAGAACCAGGACAAGGUGUUCAGUUUCGUCCAUCUGAGUGUUCAGGAGUUUCUGGCUGCUCUUCAUGUUCAUCUGACCUUCACCAACUCUGGAGUCAAUCUGCUGUCAGAAGAACUAACAACCUCACGCUCGUGGUUUAUAUUUAGAAACAAACCUAAACCAUCAUGUUUCUACCAGAGUGCUGUGGACAAGGCCUUACAGAGUCCAAAUGGACACCUGGACUUGUUCCUCCGCUUCCUCCUGGGUCUUUCUCUGCAGACCAAUCAGAAUCUCCUACGAGGUCUGCUGACACAGACAGGAAGUAGCUCAGAGACUUAUCAGGAAACAGUUGAGUACAUCCAGAAGAAGAUUAGUGAAAAUCUGUCUGCAGAGAGAAGCAUCAAUCUGUUCCACUGUCUGAAUGAACUGAAUGAUCGUUCUCUAGUGGAGGAGAUCCAACAGUCCCUGAGAUCAGGACGUCUCUCCACAGAUGAACUGUCUCCUGCUCAGUGGUCAGCUCUGGUCUUCAUCUUACUGUCAUCAGAAGAAGAUCUGGACGUGUUUGACCUGAAGAAAUACUCUGCUUCAGAGGAGGCUCUUCUGAGGCUGCUGCCAGUGGUCAAAGCCUCCAACAAAGCUCUACUGAGUGGCUGUAAUCUGACAGAGAGAAGUUGUGAAGCUCUGUCCUCAGUUCUCAGCUCCCAGUCCUCUAGUCUGAGAGAGCUGGACCUGAGUAACAACGAUCUGCAGGAUUCAGGAGGGAAGCUGAUCUCUGAUGGACUGACGAGUCCACACUGCACACUGGAGACUCUCAGUCUGUCAGGCUGUCUGAUCUCAGAGGAAGGCUGUUCUUCUUUGGUCUCAGCUCUGAGUUCCAACCCCUCCCAUCUGAGAGAGCUGGACCUGAGCUACAAUCAUCCAGGAGACUCAGGAGUGAAGCUACUCUCAGCAGGACUGAAGGAUCCUCUCUGGAGACUGUUCACUCUCAGGUUGAGUGGCUGUAACCUGUCACAGAGAAGCUGUGAAGCUCUGUCCUCUGUUCUCAGCUCCCAGUCCUCUAGUCUGAAAGAGCUGGACCUGAGUAACAACAACCUGGGGGAUUCAGGAGUAAAGAAGCUUUCUGCUGGACUUCAGAGUCCACAAUCUAAACUGGAGACUCUCGGUCUAUCAGGCUGUCUGAUCUCAGAGAAAGGCUGUGCUUCUCUGGCCUCAGCUCUGAGCUCCAACUCAUCCCAUCUGAGAGAACUGGACCUGAGCUACAAUCAUCCCGGAGAGUCAGCAGUGAAGCUGCGGUCAGCUGGACUUGAGGAUCCAAACUGGAGACUGGACACUCUCAGGGUGGACCACGAUGGAGUGAAGAGGUUAAAACCUGGUGUGAGGAGGUAUUCCUGUGAACUCACAGUGGACAUAAACACAAUGAACAGACACCUCAAACUGUCUGACAACAACAGGAUGGUGACACGUGUGAGAGAGGAGCAGCCAUAUCCUCAUCAUCCAGAGAGGUUUCACUGGUGGGAACAGCUGCUGUGUAGAAAUGGUCUGACUGGUUGCUCUUACUGGGAGGUCAAGAUUAAAGGAGAUGUUCGUGUAGCAGUGAGUUACAGAGGAAUCAGAAGAAGAGGAUGCAGUGCUGACUGUGUUUUUGGAAUGAAUGAUCAGUCCUGGAGUCUGGAAUGCUCAGAUAGUGGUUACUCUGUCUGGCACAAUAAAAGAAAAACUGUCAAAAAACUUCCAUACUCCUUCAGCUUCCUCUCUGGUCAAGUAGCAGUGUAUGUGGACUGUCCUGCUGGCUCUCUGUCCUUCUACAGAGUCUCCUCUGACUCACUGAUCCACCUCCACACCUUCAACACCACAUUCACUGAGCCUCUUUAUCCUGGGUUUGGAUUUGGAUGUGGUUUUGGGGUGGAGUCUUUGAUGCUUCCACUGGACUCCUCAGUGUCUCUGUGUUCAUUGUAGGAAGGACAGAAGAGAAACACUAACAUUGCUGACUUCUGCCACAUUAGUCUUCUUCCUCAGUAUCUCUGUGUUCUCUGAAGGAGACGACUUGUCAACAAUGUUGGUGGUGGACGAGUCUUCACUGUGGUUUACUGAUUGUGUCUUUAAUGACAGAAAUGUUCUUUUUCUUUUUAGAAAUGGUUAAAUGAUCUUCUCAGGGCAGAACGUUUUGUGUUCAAACUGUGGUGACUUUGAUAUCAGCUGCCAAUGUCUGUAGCGAUUUAUUUCAAUAAAGGUUUAAAGACAAA